GCUGUUUUUUUAAUUUUAUUUUUUCUGCCAUGCUAAGUUGCAUAAUCCAUAUAUAGAGGUCCGAAAGUGUUCUUGACUGAAAUAUAGUGAAAUCCGAUGGUUGUUAAAGUUCAAUCGCUACUUUUUCUAUUGCAUAUGUUUGCUUGCUACCCUAAAUAUACUAUUUGUGCAUAAUUGUGUUGUAUUGGUAUAGUUGGGUACUGUGCAUGUGAGGUGUUUGAUAAAAUGCGUAGCUGAAAAUUUGGAUUUUCUUGAUUAAGUUCUUAUUUGGUUACUCUAUCACUUGUUUACAGCUUGUUUGGAAACUUUGUUAUUGAGCAGAAAAUUUGAUUAUAUAUUUCCAUGGAAGGGGAAGAGGCUCAGGUGACGAAGGAGAGGUUAGUAGAGACGAGAGCAAGAAAUAUCAGCCACAAUGUUAGGUGUACAGAAUGUGGCAGUCAGUCCAUUGAAGAUUCUCAAGCUGACAUUGCCAUUCUCCUCAGGAAGCUGCCAUGACAGCGUUUUUACCUUGUGUGACGUUUGGACAGAUAGCUGAAGUUCAAGAUGCAGGAGAAAUGACUUGUCCAUUGGGGUCUUUUAUGUACCUCUUGAUGAUGCCUGCUGUUUGCUCUCAAUGGAUCAUGGGCUCCAAAUACAGAACAAAGUUGAGGCAGAGGUACAAUCUGGUGGAAGCUCCCUAUUCAGAUGUAGUUUCUCACAUCUUUUGUCCAUUUUGUUCACUCUGUCAAGAGUUCAGAGAGCUUCGUAUUAGGGGACUCGAUCCAGCUCUAGGUUGGAAUGGCAUCGUUGCUCAGCAGCAAUAUGGAAACCAGCAAAUGAAUCAAGCUCCCUCAGUACAAUCCAUGUACAAGUAAAUUGAAGAGUACUGAUUUUUGUUAUUGUUUAAAGGGAAAAGGGUCAAAAAUGCCCUUAAACUAUGUGAAAGGAACAAAA